AUGGGAUCGGCGAGGAAGAAGAAGAACCCGAGGAAGCACUACAAGGUGCUGCACGAGGUCGGCCGGGGGACUUUCGGGGUUGUGUGCAAGGCGAUCAAGAAGAAGACCGGGGAGGAGGUGGCGAUCAAGAACAUCAAGCUCGUCCACAAGAUCCAUGAGGGGGUCAGCACCUCCGCCAUCGAUGAGAUCCGCAUCAUGCAGGAGCUUCACCAUCCCAACGUGCUGUCCAUCCAUGAAGUCUUCUCCCCGCGGGAAGGGACGCUCUCGCUCGUCCUGGACUUCAUCCCCAUGGACAUGGAGAUGAUCAUCAAGGCCAAGGACAUGACGUCGGACAAGUACGUCCCGAUGCCUUCCGAAGACAUCAAGGCCUACAUGCAGAUGUUUCUCAGAGGAAUCAACGCCUGCCAUCAGAACUUCGUCCUUCACAGAGACCUCAAGCCUGCCAAUCUUCUCCUGAGCGCCAAUGGCGUCCUCAAACUUUGCGACUUCGGCCUAGCGAGGACGUACGGGAGCCCUAAUGCCAAGUUCUCGCCACAGGCGGUGACUUUAUGGUAUCGGCCGCUGGAGAUGCUGCUGGGUGCCGACAGAUACGGACCAGCCGUGGACAUGUGGGGGGUGGGUUGCAUCUUUGCCGAGAUGCUGCUGCGAAACCCGCUGUUUCCCACGGGGAGAGGAGCGACUGACGUGGAUCAGGUUUGUCAGAUCGUGCGUUGCAUGGGGGCGCCAACGGAACGGAACUGGCCGGGUUUCGAUCAACUUCCAAUCCUCCUCAAGUUCCAGCAGAUUCCCCCGACGCCCCUCGCGCGCGUGAUCCCAGCGGCACCCAAGGAUGCGCUCGACCUGCUGGACAAACUUCUCAGCUACGAUCCCAACAAGAGGAUCUCAGCGGAGGAGGCCCUCAAGCAUGAGUACUUCCGCAACGCUCCGGCCCCUGCCUCCACCGCUCAAAUUGCCGAUCACAUCUCAGUCUUGAUCAAAAAGCCCAGCAGCCAAGUCUCCAGCACCCUCCCCAGCUCAGGUGCUCUUGCUCUGCCUGCUCGUCCGCCCUCCUGA